AUGUCAGCUAUGAGACAAGCAAAAUACAGCUUUGAGCUGGACACAUCCACUUCAGGCACAGUUGGAGUACAGGGAUCAGCAUCGACCAGCUCAUUCCUCAGUGGAGGCUCUUCAGUUUGGCAUUGUCAGUCUGUGUGUUCCUCCCAUUUUAACAGCUCCAGCAGAGCACAGACACCAGGUGGUUUUCUUAGGACCCCAGCUCCAGGUCCUAGUCUUGUUACCUCAAACAGUACCUCCCGCAAGACCCCAAGUUCACGUCGUACUCCACACAUUUCAAGCGUCACCCCAGGAAUGGCACCCUCUUCUGUCGUGGUUGCAAUCGUUGAAGGGCGUGGUCUUGCAAAAGGAGAGAUUGGCAUGGCCAGCAUCGAUCUGAAGAAACCAGAACUAAUUCUAUCACAGUUUUCAGAUAACCAGACUUACGUCAAAGUUCUUACAAGAUUGCAGAUUUUGGAACCUUUGGAAAUUAUCAUGCCUAAUACAGCGUGUGAAAACCCCUCCACACUGUUCAAGUUCCUUAGCGACCAGCUCCCCUACGCAAACUUGUCAUCUGUCCAAAGAAAAUAUUUCAACGAAGCUAAAGGCCUAGAGUACGUCAAACAGUUGUGUGUUCCUGAGUACAACACUGUAGAAAUGGAGGUGGCUUCAAAAUAUUACUGUCUGGCAACGGCUGCUGCCUUGCUUAAAUAUGUGGAGUUUAUACAAAACAUAGUUUAUGCUCCUGGUUCCGUCAAAGUCGUUUUCAAAGGAAGCGAAAAGACUACAAUUGUAGAUGCCUCUACUACUAAGAACUUGGAGCUAAUUCAGAAUGCCAGGGAUCCUGAAAGCGGUCACUGUUUUUACGGAGUUCUGAAUCACACUAGGACAGCUGGUGGAGAUGCAGAGACUACAAAUGUUCGUUUGGACUGUGUGGCAGAAUUGACAGACAAAGAGGAGCUCUUCUACGGAUUACAGUCCGUGGUAGGUCGGUUCUUGGAUAUUGACCACUUAACCUCAAUGUGCGUUCAACUUCCUAAACAAGAAACAGUAAAAACUGCGGAGUCCAAGAUCACUACUGUUAUCUAUCUGAAGCAUACUCUGGAGCUUGUCGAGCCUCUCAGAUUGGCCCUCAAGGACGCAGAAGCCGAACUUUUCAAAGCCUAUUACGAGUCUCUUAAUGACAGCAGAUUUGCAACCAUUAUGGAGAGGAUUCAGACUGUUAUACAUGAUGAUACUCGGUAUCAGAAAGGAACGCUCAACAUGAGGACUCAGAAAUGCUUCGCUGUCAAGGUACAAGAGCUAUACCGAACUGUUUCAGUUUUUUAACUUGAUAGUUCAGCUUUCGUUUUAAUAUUUUCAGGCCUUCUUGACGUGGCGCGAAGGACGUAUACUGAGAUUGUGGAUGACAUUACUGAAAUGAUCAAACAGCUCGGGGAGAAGCACAAACUACCCCUCAAAACUGGUUUUAACGGUACUAAAGGAUUCUUUGUACAACUCACGCUAAACCGGGAUCAGCAUAUUGACCUCAAAACGCUGCCGAGUGAAUUCCUAAAGGCUGUUAAAGUCAGAAGUGCGGUCUGCUUCACCACGGUUGAUCUGAUAAAGCUUAACGAUAGGAUAAAGGAGUCUUUGAACGAAAUCUACCUCAUGACAAACGUGGUGGUAUCUGAACUUUUGAGUGAAAUCCGCGAACACAUGGGAUGCCUAUACAAACUUGCUGAACUUGUCAGUGUGUUGGACAUGCUGGUUUCCUUUGCCCACCUGUGCACUUUGUCCGACUAUGUGCGACCAGAAUUCACUGACACCUUUGCGAUUAAAAACGGACGUCAUCCCAUCCUGGAUAAAAUUCUUCCGGAGCCACCAACGCCAAACAACACGUAUGCAACUGAUGGAUCAAAUCUCCUACUCAUAACAGGUCCCAACAUGAGUGGCAAAUCCACAUAUUUGAAACAAAUAGCGUUGCUUCAGAUUAUGGCGCAGGUUGGGUGUUAUGUACCAGCGGAAUACGCUUCAUUCAGAGCUGCAGAUCAGAUACUUUCAAGAAUCGGAAGCGACGACGACAUCGAAACCAAUUCCUCUACUUUUACGCUUGAGAUGAGAGAAAUACAUUACAUUAUUCAGAACGCAAGUGACAAAUCCUUAAUCAUCAUUGACGAGCUAGGGAGAGGAACCAGUAGCGAGGAAGGAGUAGGAAUUUGUUUUGCCAUUGCUGAGGAUCUUCUAAAAAAGAAGACAUUUACAUUCCUUGCAACCCACUUCCUUGAGUUGACUACAAUUGAUACCUUGUACCCAAAUGUUGAAAAUCUGCAUAUGAAGAUUCAGAAAACGUUCAGUAACGAAGCUGCAUGUGAGAAGAUCACCUAUACUCAUGUGCUAUCAAAAGGAAGAACUGAAGAAAAACAUUAUGGUGUUCAGCUCGCUGAAUUCUCAACGCUGCCACAGUCGAUAGUGAGGGACGCUCGAGAAAUUUCAACCGAGUUAACAAGACAGAAAGAGACUAGUCAGCUGUUGUCAGCAGAAAGCCGCCAACAUAUAGCAGUGUUCCGUUUGGCAACUAAGCUCCUCCAAGCUGGACGUAACUCACGCCUUGACAAAGCUGGACUGCGUGCUUAUCUCUUGGGUCUUAAAAACCAGUUUGAACGAGAGUCUGCACCUGAAGUUGAAGAAUAGAAAUGCCAAGGCCGAGUUAUAAUAUAAUUCAUGAAAAUGGAGCCGAUCAAAAGUGUUAUAUUAACACAGAGCUCCAAAUAUGUCUCCGAUGAUACAAUCCAAGGCGACUCCCUUUAUGCUGACUUCACAUGAUUAGUUUUAAAAUUCAAAAUGUACCUAUAGAACGAGUCUGGGGAGACGAAGGCCGGAAAAUGUUUGCCGUAACUGGAGGUCAUUGCUAAGCUCACUCGGUGGGCCUUGGCUUGGGUCCAAAAUCAAUUCCUCUCUCCAAGUCAUCGUCAAUUACUAUAUUUAACUGUUUAUAAAUAUGUUUCAGACUUUACGUCAGUAUUUGAUUAUGGUUUAUCAAAUCCAGGUUCUUUCUUUAUGACAUUGUAAAUUAAUGAGCAAUCAUGAUAUAUGGCGGUCUUAGAGUUGCCAUUAAAGGCCCAGUUACCCCCAUUGCUUUAUGGCCGUUUGUCGUUGAUUUGAAAUGACGAGUUACAAGGAUUCGAAGCGCAUCAUAGCAGGGUCUCGUCCACUCGAAAUGUAACUUCUGUUGAAUGAUUCGAGCUAUUCGAAAUUUCAUGGAAAGAUUUCAACAGGAGGUCGCCAACACACACGUGUAAACCUUUAAGGCUCUCCGUUUCACUCAAACGAUCAUGAUGACGCUCUAAGAGAAUUGGAGAUAACUGCCGCGGUAAGAUCUUUUAAAUAGCUCAGCUGAAUAUAUGCACGACUCUGGUUAUAAUCUAUAUUUAACCAAAGGACCUAGAGUGUCCCAUUAUACUUCAGGAACCACAAAAUGAAAGGACGGUUAAGUUGAACGUGCAUGGAAGCAAAGAAGAGGAGCGUGUCCUCGCAAAACAGCCAACCUCGACUGUGCUGACUCUUCUACUGAAGUAUUGAGUCCAAAGGCGUGAACCGGGUAAAUACUGAUGAAUAAUUGAUCUGUCGCGUUAGUGGUCUUCUUCUUCUCGCCUGCAUUUGCUUAUAGAUGUAAUUCCAUUUAAACCUAGAUUUUUAUGGCAGCAGUAGCCAAGAAACCAUUUGUUAUGUUGCCGGAUCGCUACAUGGCUGAAGUAAUGCGGUCCUUCACCCUAAGCCAGGUACAUUUCCUUUACAUAUCCAUCCGUGAA